UGUGCGGCAGUGUACCGGCAGACGUGGCAGCGUGCGGACCUCUCGCCCCGCUCUCCCUCCGCCUCCGUCUGUUUCACUCCAGGACCACAACUCUGUAUUGUUGACAGAGCCGCUUGUGUCGUCUCCCUCAUGAUAACACUGAUAUCUUGUGUCUCUUAACUUACCACACGACGUCAUGGAUUACUGUGCAGUUUAAUAAGUGGUGAAAUGAUCUUUAAGAGUGUGUGGUGCAGUGUGGACCAGCCAGUGAGUAACAUGGUAUAGUGACCAAAGGCUUAAGUCAGGACGCCGCCCGUAUAUCCACACAAUAGACCUGCGACUUACCCGACGUCACCAUGAGGGCACGAGCUCCCCCUGUAUGGGCGUGGGCGGCCUGCGUGGUGCUGGUAGUGGUCGCGGGCGUGGUCAACUGUGAAUCACUUAAGAAGACGCCGACUAUUGUCACCAAAUACGGACAACUGAGCGGGUUCUUCCGGCAAGUAAGCGGUUAUGGGAUGCGGGUGGCCACUUACCUCGGGGUACCAUAUGCUACGCCCCCGGUGGGCGCCAACCGGUUCAGCCCCACCCGCACGCUGUCCCAGUGGGUAGGCGUGCAUGAGGCUACCCAGUUCGGCCCUGCCUGCCCCCAGCGCCUGCCUGACAUCUCCAAUGAAACCGCGGCGUUAACCCGGAUGUCUCGUGGCCGCCUGCAGGCCCUCCGACGCUACCUACCGGCCCUUAGACGCCAGAGUGAGGACUGUCUCUACCUCAACCUUUACGUCCCUGAUGAAGGUAAGCACCUCACUUAUCUGUCUCACACUGCACGUCUCUUACAGAGUUCGGUCAGCCGCGAGAAUCGAUGGCAGGAACCAGUCGGGAUGGGUCCGGAGGUUGACGUAUCCGAUGGCAGCCGAAAACCGGUCAACUUUUCCUCUCAUUAA